AUGAGCAAGCCCGCUGGAUCAACAAGUGGAUGCCUGGAUAUUCUCACCGUCAAAUCCAGCCGCAUCCUGGACAUCCCGUGCAAAGUGUGUGGAGACCGCAGCUCGGGCAAACACUACGGCGUGUACGCGUGCGACGGCUGCUCGGGCUUCUUCAAGAGGAGCAUCCGCAGGAACAGAACCUAUGUCUGCAAAUCUGGCUCUCAGGGCGGCUGUCCGGUGGAUAAGACGCACAGGAACCAGUGUCGCGCGUGUCGGUUGAAAAAGUGUCUUGAAGUGAACAUGAACAAAGACGCCGUGCAGCACGAGAGGGGCCCCCGUACGUCCACGAUCCGCAAGCAGGUCGCCCUAUAUUUCCGGGGCCACAAAGAGGUGAACGGGUCGUCGCCCCAUUUCCCGGGGUCCGCGCUGCCAGGCCCCCCCUUCUUCACCACCGUCACGCAACUGGAGCCACACAACCUGGAGAUGACGGCGGUGGGGUCCACGCCAGAGAGACAGACCAUCGUGGGUCUGGCUCAGCCCACUCCAAAAUUCUAA